UUCACCCUCUGCCGCCCCGCCUCGUCUCCGUCAUCCUCGCGCUAUAUAUAGCCCUCUUCGGGUCUUCCUCCCCCAUCGCCAUCUCCAGCGGAGAACCAACGGACAGCGCAGCACACGAGCCGGAGGCGGAUCGAUCGGAGCAGCUCAGCAGCAUACUACAGAAGAUCACAUCGGGAGUAGAAGAAGCUACGAAUUCAUCCUACUGCGCACAAUGGGCAUCUGCGUGUCGUGCGACGCGGCCGACGAGGGCGCGGCGGCGGCCAGGGUGGUGCUCCCCAGCGGCGAGCUCCGGGAGUACGCGCCUCCAGCCACGGCGGCGAUGGCCCUGGAGGAGGCCGGCGGGCAGGGGUCGUGGUUCCUCUGCGACGCCGACGGGAUGGUGCUCGAGGGCCCCGUCGCCGUCGCGGCGGUCGCCCCCGGCGAGGAGCUCCAGCCGGGACAGAUCUACUUCGUGCUCCCCGCCGAGAUGCAGCGCCGCCGCCUCACCGGCGACGAGGUCGCCGCGCUCGCGGUCAAGGCCAGCUCCGCGCUCGUCAAGGCCGCCGCGGCCGCGGCCGCCGCCCAGCCAUCCUCCCCCUGCCGCCGCCGCCGGCGCGGCGCGGUGGCGCCGCUCGUGUUCCCGGUCCCCGAGGAGGAGUACGCCGCGGCGGAUCCGGUCUCGCCCGUCGCGGCGAAGCUGGCGCAGAAGCGGAGGGUGGCGCGCCGCGGCGGGAGGGCGACGAGGUUCUCCCCCGACCUGACCGCCAUCCCGGAGAGCGAGUAGGGAGCCUCAGCUCUCCACGUCGCUGGUACAACGGGUCGCUCGCCGGGGGUUGACCGGAUGGUGUGACUGGCCGCGCCGGAUAUCCCGACGAAGCGGGAAGUGGUCUAGACGGAUCGGAGAAGUGUGCGUAGCUGGUUUGGCGCUGUUAGUUUGGGCGGCAAAUCCCAAGGAUGAGAGUUGCCUAUAGCUAUAGUAGGUAGAUGAAGUGUAAAUACACGGAAACCCUGUGGAAAACGUGCGGUGUGCUCAGUCACAGUUUGGAACCCAGCCGUUUUUAGUGCUUGUGUUCAGGCUCUGUCUCGUGCAUCUUCGAAUAAAGUCUCUCGUUGUGACUUGCCGAAA